CCUGUCGGGCCGCGUCGGCGCACCUCUCCGCCCGGGUCACCUGCUUUCUGCCGCGGACCGUCGAAUCGGCCUCUUCUCUUCCACCCUCUCCUCAUUGCUCCCCCUCUGCUACCUCUCCGUUUAAGACCUUCUCGUUGAUUCCUCCCCCGUGAGCCGUGAAGUCUUCCUUAACAUCAUCACAAUGGCCAGUGCUUUGCGGAUUCUAGUCCCCGUCAAGCGGGUCAUCGACUAUGCGAUCAAACCCCGGAUCAACAAGGCCCAAACCGGAGUCGAAACCGCCGGUGUCAAACACUCGCUGAACCCCUUCGACGAGCUCUCCAUCGAGGAGGCCGUCCGUCUGCGCGAACGCAAGGGCCCCCUGAAGGUCGACAACAUCCUCGCACUCUCCGCAGGCGGAGCCAAAUGCGCCGACACCCUGCGCACGGCCAUGGCCAUGGGCGCGGACCGCGCGUUCCACGUCGACGUGGCCGACAGCAACGACGGAGGCCUGGAGCCCCUGACCGUGGCCAAGAUGCUGAAGGAGGUCGUCAACAAGGAGAACAUCAACCUGGUGCUGCUCGGGAAGCAGGCCAUUGACGGCGACCAGGGCCAGACGGGUCAGAUGCUGGCGGGUCUUCUGGGGUGGCCCCAGGCUACGCAGGCCAGCAAGGUGGAUGUCAAGGACGACAAGGGCACCGUCGAGGUGACUCACGAGGUGGAUGGUGGUGUCGAGACCCUGCGCGCUCAGCUGCCUAUGGUGAUCACCACGGACUUGCGGUUGAAUGAGCCUCGGUACGCCAGUCUGCCCAACAUUAUGAAGGCCAAGAAGAAGCCGUUGGAGAAGAAGACUCUGGCCGAUCUGGGCGUUGAGGACAAGAGACGGUUGAAGACGUUGAAGGUGACUGAACCUGCUCCUCGCCAGGGUGGCGGCAAGGUGGAGGAUGUCAAUGGACUGGUCUCGAAGCUGAAGGAGCUGGGAGCUCUGUGAGGGCUGAGGGUGGACCGAUAUAGUAUACUCUAGUAGACUUUGUAUGUUUAUGAC